UUCAUCUCUCAUUUGUACUUUUGUACUUUUAUCAAACCUAAAAUGGAUGUAUAAAUGGUGUAUGUCCUUUUAUGGCUCAACAGUUAAAGUCAAUUGAUUUGUAACUUUUUGCUGACCGAUACAAAAUGCAUACAAGGGUGUUCCAUUUGGUUGAUGGGAAAGUCCAUUAAUGUUAAUUUAUGAGGUGCCAACCAUUAGGACUUAUCUGUAUUACUGAGACAACUGGAAGUGUAAGAUGGACAGCUAAGCAUGUAGAACAUUGUCAGAAUAUUUCCUAUGACAGACUCUGGUCUUUACGACCAUGAUAGGGCUAGGCUAUUUUAUGACCCUUUUAUGUCUGGGGUUUUAUUUAGAUUCCUAUUUGUGUUAUGCAUGAUUUCACAAAUCAAGCAGAUAUAAUUUUUACCACGGGAAGGUUAAUAUUCAUGGUCUGGACAUGACCUAACAUCCAGGACGUCAUUAUUUUCUCUUUCAUCAAAAACGCAUAACAGUGAAGGACCAUGUGGAUAUGAGAGCUAAUGAACAGACCCCCAAAGAAUUCUACUCCCCCGUGCAAAUAUUUCGGUGGAUUCUUGAAGCAUGAUGGCCUUAGAUGAAACAUAAUGUGAGCCAAGGAAUAAAAUACAAUAAAAAGAAAACACAAAGUGCAAUGUAAAACUGGUUGACCUGUUUUUUUAAUCGGAAAUUAUUCUGUGAUUGUUAUUGUGUUAUUUUUCUGACUUUGCGAAAAUGCGAUAAUGAGGGAAGAAGAAAUCGAGACGGCCAUUAAGGUGGUGGUGGUUGGCAAUGGGGCGGUGGGCAAGUCCAGCAUGAUACAGCGCUACUGUAAGGGGAUCUUUACCAAGGACUACAAGAAGACCAUCGGAGUGGACUUCCUGGAAAGACAGAUCGAGGUCAAUGGAGAGGAGGUUCGAUUGAUGCUUUGGGAUACCGCGGGACAGGAAGAGUUUGACGCCAUUACCAAAGCCUACUACAGAGGCGCUCAGGCUUGUGUGCUAGCCUUUUCCACAGUUGACAGAGAUUCAUUUGAAGCCAUUGAAUCAUGGAAGAAAAAGGUAGAGGACGAGGUGGGGGAGAUAGGAAUGGUCAUUGUCCAGAACAAGAUAGAUCUAAUUGAUGACGCUGUUGUGGAGACGGAAGAAGCUGAGGCACUUGCUCACAGACUCCGCCUCCGAUUUUAUCGGACGUCAGUCAAAGACAAUCUCAAUGUAGAUGAAGUUUUCAGGUACUUAACAGAAAAGUAUUUGUUUCAAAUUAAUUGUGAGGUGGAGGAGGAACCUUAUAAUCAACCAAAGAUUACCAUAGGUCAAGGUUUGUUAGAAGCUGAAACGAACAAUCAUGUGAAGGACGCUAACGGGAAGGACAAAGCAAAUGGCAAACUGCCAAAAAAGAAACCCAGAAAUCGUGCAAAUGACGAUCCAGAUACUAUUAAACUAGAGCCCAGCAAACGGAGGACUCGAGGCAAAAAGUCUGUGUUGCAGGCUGCCAAGUGCGUCAUAUUGUAGCAGCCAAUCAGCUGUAGAGUUCUUGUAUUCAUAUAGAGUGUGAAUUCCGCCUUGAUUGAGCUUUGUUGUGUGUGUAAUGAAUGUGUGUUCCGCAUCCAGUCAAUGAUCCAGAUGCCAGAUAAAUGCACUGCUGAUCCAUAUUGGAGGUGUUUCUGGAUUUAUACAGAAAUCUUCUUGAGGAUUUUUACCUAUUAAUCAGUGGAAAUUACUUUUUAUGUGUAAAACGUUUUUCUUGAGGAGAGAUUUACACAACAUGUGCACGCUGCUUUUUUGCUGCAGACUAUACUAGUUUGACAUUUUUUGUAUACAAUGCAAGAUGCUUACCAUGCUACCGGUAAUUGUAGCUAUCUGUGUGGUGAGUGAGAGACACACUUUUUUCCCCAAUGAUUAAGUCAAUAGAUUGGUCUAUUAUUAUCUACUGGAACAUAUAAGACAUGAGUAGAUUUGCAAUUGGUUAUUGAAUUCAAUUUAUUCAGCCAAUGAGGCAAUCUAUCUAUGGAAUAUUUCAUUCUCCAGGUAGAAUUUAAGAGCAUGUAAAAUAUAUUUUAAGAUUUCAGAGCUAAUUUUCUUAAGCUGCUGAAAUGAUAUGUUUUGUUUGAUUCAGAUUAUUUUGAUCAAGAGUUGAUUGGAAUCAACAUGUUGUUGACAUUUUAUUUUGAAGAUAUAUGGUUGUGAGAAGUUAUUCCCCCCUGAAAUUGUGAUUUUCUUUCAUUUUUUCUCCAUUUUUAUUGAACCAAAAAAACCCUGUGAUUUCUCAGUUGUUAUCAAUUCAAUAUUUUCAAAAAAUACCCUAGCUUUUAUAUCUGGCAAUUCUUUAUUUUGUAUUUUUCUGCCAUGUUUGCUCCCCCCCCCCCCCCCCCCCUCUCCGAAUUAUUCAUUUCCAUGCUGUUUUCAAUUAAUCCUAACAGGAAUAUCAGAAGCUCUUCACAAAUAAGACAAAAUUCUCAGGUGUUUCAUUAUUCAUGAUUCAUAGCAAAAUGAGCACAUGUAUUAGGUAAGCUUAGCAAUAUGAUUCGGGCAUUUCCCACAUUUUGUAGUGGAGAAAAAUUUCCUUUUCAAACAAGUCAAAGUACAAUUCAAAAUAGCUAAACUUCUUUCAAGGGUAAUUAAGGAGAAACUAGAAACAGUAUUACAAUUAUUAUUUAUAUUCUAAAUGAUAUAUUUGUAUAUAUCAUAGACAGAUAUAUAACUUCCCUAUAGGACAGUUUUUAAGCAGACUGGUUUUUCUGGUAAUAAAUCUGUCAUAUGCAUUCACAUCUCCACUCUCAUCAAUGUUGAACAAUAAGCAUGAUAAAAUGAUCGAUGGUUUCUACAGGUACAGUUUUUGGAAAAAUCUGCAAGUCCCUUGGGGAAAAAUCCCAUUUUUAGCUAAUUUAUUCUAGUUAUCUGAAGAAAGCCAAGUUUGCAGGAAAAACUGAUAAAUUUCAGAUAAAACUUAGUGAAAAAAUAAUCUGUUUUUUACAUGUACAUCACUAUAAAAAGGUUUUGACAUUCUCCUGUGUGUAGCUGGUAUGUGGUUUCCACGAACUUCCCAUUAAUGAGUGAUUAUAUUUAGUGGGGGACCAAAUUCCAUGCAAUAAAACUCAUCAAACCCCCAUCAGUAAAAACCAUCUUCUUGGCAACAUUGUAGUGCUAUAUUUAAACAAUGCAGGGCUUGUAUAGUGUUAGGAAGGUGUUUGAGCAUUCAAGGGGCACUGCAUUAUAAAGUUAAUACUUGUUUAUAGUCUAAAGGUAUCUGAAGCAAGUGUCAUAUUUAUUGCAGCUGCAGUGUUCAAAUUGAGUCUCGUCUUUUUUUAAUAAAUGAUUUGUUUUUCUUACUCAAUAAAAACUGUAUUUCCAGUUGUGAAAAGAUCUGAACUUAAAACUUGAUCUGUAUAUUUAUUAUUUAUUUAUGGUUGUACAGUAACUACCUAUUUAUUUUUUUGGGGGGUAACAAAUACAUGUAAUUUUUAUUUUUGGUUUGAAAAAUUUUUCAAACAGUUAUGAUGGAAUUUGUGAUACAAUAUUAUAUAGAUCUGUGCUUUUAUUCUAUACAUUUUCAAUAUACACCCUCUUCUAAUUUUCUAUGAACAUUCUUUUUUUUAAAAAUGCAAGGAAAGGGACAUCUUUUUCCAAGUUUUACUUAGUUUUGAAUGAGGUCCUUUCAAUCAUAUGAAAAUACCUGCAAGUUAUUUGCUGUAAAACGUUAUAGCAUAUACUUGUACAAAUAUACAGGAAAUUUUCUUAAAUUGAACAUUUGAACAAAUUUUCAAAACCAUAGAGCUCAAACAAUAGAUGAUGUAAUAAUAAAAUAGACAUCUUGAUUAGAUUACUUUAAGAAUUAUUAUAGACUGUUAUGAAUCAAAUUUCUUUCUAUCAUUGCUCAAUGUACAUGUAUUGCCACAUCAUUUUUAUAUGGUUUAAGAUCCCAUUUCCCCUUUAUGAUUUGAUGCAUGAUUCCAUGAACAACCUGAAUUGUAUACAUGUAUUAUGAACACCAUUCAAAUAAAUAUUGCCAUUGGAAAUCUG